AUGAUGAACGAAGGAAAUGUUACGAACGAGAAAAAACAGAUGUCAUAUGUUAUGGUGUUCUGCGUGCUAUUGGUCCUUGAGGUGACCUUUUUUGGAAUGGCGGUGUUUUUCACGACAAACGUGCAAUUUAAAUCGGUGUAUCUGCUGCAUGGAUCGGCGAGUCUUUUGGGCAACUUCUUUUUGGUCGAAGGAAUUAUUAUCAAGAAUUUCGCACAAAUAAGUUUGUAUCCCAUAAUAUAUUUUUACACACUGGCCAACAUUUUCAUAAGCGAUUUUAAGGGUAUAGGACUGUAUUUUGCGUUUAAAAUUGCACAAGUAGGCGUAUUCGUGCUAAGAGGAUUUUUUGUGUUCCAUGUGUUUAAUCGCCUUAGAUUGGAGUUUGCAUGGCACUCUUUUAAAAGAUUGGGAACAAGUCCACAGAUAAUCGGUAAGUAUAUUUUCUAAUUUUAGAGGCAAAUAAGGUAAGUUGCAUU